GGAGGGAGCAGAGAGGAGGGGAAGUGGGAAGCCAGCUCAGCCCGCUCCCUCCGCCUUCCCUUCCCUCCGCCUCUCUCCCUCCUUCUCUCCCUCCCUCUUCGGCUCAGCCCGGGGGUCUGGGCCAGCAACUAGCAGACAUGGGCCAAGGAGCCAGAGACUGCCCAAAGGCCGGGGGUCUGUGAGCUGCCGUGGAGGCCACUGGACACGGGGUCACCAUGGGGAUAGCUUCCCUGGACCUCCUCUGUGCAGGGCUCCUGCUCCCUCUCUUGGUGUGUGCGGUCCCCACAGAGGAGCCCUCCUCUGGGGAUGUGGUGGCCUCGGGUACCCCUGGGUACUGUCAACGGUGCUGUGACUCUGAGGACCCCCUGACCCCUGCCGAUGAAGCAGUGUUAUCUGCCUCUCCAUCUGCCCUCCCAUACCUGCUGCCUGAGGUCAGGCCCUACAUUAACAUCACCAUCCUGAAGGGUGACAAAGGGGACCGAGGCCUGCUGGGCACUCCCGGGAAGCUGGGCCGAGAGGGUCCCCGGGGGGAGCGUGGCCCGCAGGGCACCAAGGGCGCCAAGGGGCAGGCGGGCAGCCCCGGGGCCCCGUGCCAGACGCGCUUCUCAGCCUUCUCGGUGGGCCGCAAGACGGCCCUGCACAGCAGCGAGGGCUUCCAGCCGCUGCUUUUUGACACUGUCUUCGUCAACCCCGAUGGCCACUUCGACCUGACUGCCGGUCACUUUGUCGCCCCGCUGCGUGGCCUCUACUUCUUCAGCCUCAACGUCCACAGCUGGAACUUCAAGGAGACGUACGUGCACGUGGUGCACAACGAGGAGGCGGCCGUCAUCCUCUACGCGCAGCCCAGCGACCGCAGCAUCAUGCAGAGCCAGAGCGUGAUGCUGGCGCUGGCGCCCGGGGACCGCGUCUGGGUGCGUCUCUUCAAGCGCGAGCGGGAGAACGCCGUCUACAGCGAUGACGUGGACACCUACAUCACCUUCAGUGGCCACCUCAUCAAGCCUGAGGAUGAUUAGUGGUCCCCGGUGGGGCAGCCCCGGCCCUGGGGUGGGGGGAACUGUGGGCAAAGUUGUCCUCCAUGAAGUGGGCCCCCGGGACCAAGCAUUCUGGAUGGGCUUCCUCUUCUUUCCUUCCCUCCAACAUCUCGCUCUCUCUCUUCUCUUGGACUAUUUUAAGAAGAACCUGAAUAUUCUAGAACUUUCCCAGCCUGCGAACGCGGCAGAUUCUGAUUCUGGUUCUGAAGGGGGCGGUGUCCAGGGCUCUGCACGUAUAAGAAGUUCCUGGAUGUAGUUGGUGCUAUUGGUCCAGGGACCCCCCUUGAAUCCCGAUUCUAGACCUUUCCCAACAUUCUGGAAUCCUCCAAACAUUCUAGACUCUUGCCAAAUCCU